CGUCGAUUGCUUGACGUCUGAAUCAUAAACAUUACCUUUGCCGCUGUUGCGUAAAAUUAAAACAAUCUGGUUCGUACGUUCGGUUUCCCUGUGCCGGUAGCAAAAUUAUGAGCUCUCUUAGGCGUGAGGCCCUUCGGUGGUACAAAAUAUUGCAGCGCACCAAAAAUGAAGUGUUUUCCGGUGACUUUCGUACCCUUUCAGCAGCGAGACAACGCAUUAGGGAAGAAUUUAUCAAGAACAAAGAUAUUAAAGAUGAGCAGCAAAUCAAAGAGAAGAUUCAAAUCGCCAAGGAUGUCGACGUUGAACUGCGCAGAUCGGUAGUGCAGGCCGUGAGGAAGCAGCCGACCCUGUUUGAAGCGCGCAUCACACCCGACACGAGAAAGAUGGACAAUGUAAUGUUCGAUCCGAACGCAGAGCUUCCUCCACCUCGGAACAAGAAGUGUAGUGAUAAAAAAUAGUUAAAUGUCUUCCACGACUCUACGGCACCAGUGUUACCGUUUUGGUGUAACCAUGUGUCCAUUAGUGAACUUGUUACCGGUAUCAUGAGGCUUAUGAUAGCAUUUUCCCUGUAGAUUCCUCAUCCCAAUGCUUAAUCUCCCAAUUCCCGAGCUCGAUACGCUCAAGUGUUUUUCAUUUCUCAACCUAGUGUUGAUACCAGAACAUGUUAAUGCAAUACACACCAUAUCAUAGGUAAUCGUAA